AUGCCAACUUUAAGGAACCAUCGGGUUUUAAGGCAUCGUGGUGUACAGCUUUCUAACGCUCCACCAUCACAAGAUCUAUUUCGCAAACCUAUAGAUGAAUUAGAAUCAGAUCUACUCAGAGUCAAUGCUCAAUGGAAUAAUGAAUUAUCUAUUAAUACAAAUCCUUUAGAGUUGGCAUUAUAUUUUCUGGAUGAAACAUCAAUUGGCUUAGGUCAUAGAGUACAGGAGUUUGCUGACUUACAAAAAAAAUUUGGACAUGAUUUAAGAUCUGUAGCAUAUGAUAAUUACGAGUCUUUUAAUACUAACAUUGCCUCUUAUGAUAUAGCUGUAGACUCUAUAAACAGAGCUCAAGGUAAUAUUUCAGAUAUUCAAAGUAAUAUGAACUUAGUGAAAGAAAAUAUUACUAGAAAUAAAGGUAAUUUAGAAAAUUUGAAUGAAAAAUCAAUCAUAAUUGACAGUCAAAUAAAUAUCUUAAGUGCAAUCGAAGAAAUGUUAGUUAUGAAAAGUAAAAUAGAAAAUUAUAUGACCAGCAGAGAAUACUUGGAUGUUCAAAGAAACAUUGUGAAAAGUUAUACUUUGGCAAAUAAAUAUUCAUUAUGGGAAAUACCACAAUUAAAAUCUUUAAAGAAUGAAUUAGAUAACUAUGAACAUACAUUAUUUAAAAAUGUAAUGGAGGAAAUCAAAAUAAUUAUUUAUUCCAAAAAUGAACAAAUGAUAAAGAAAACUAUUAUAUUUGAGAAUCAUAGUACUUAUAUAGGCGAUAAUUUAACAAAUAUAGAGGAUUAUCUAUCUUCUAUUAUUAAUAUGGAUAUACAGAAACAAGCACGACUUAUGAAUCAAGACUUAAAAGAGUUUUUAGAAAGUAUAAAGAAUUUAAUACCAUCUAAAAUAACUGCUUUUACACAAGUAAGAGAGAGGGACUCGCAUUAUAAGGAUUUAUUUGAAUAUUUAACAAUUUUGCGAGAUAUUAAAAGAUUGCCUCUUGCUUUACAAAUUCUAACUAAUAAUGUGCGAGAGGAACUUAGUAUUAUGAUAACCAAUAAUAAAGCACGAUUAGUUGAAGAGCAUCCAUCAUUACGUCAAUUUACAAAUUCAAUGAAGAAAACAUUUGGUCUUUCUCUAAAAGAUAUUCUUUCAGUCUUUAUUAAAGAGUGGUUUUGGCAAAUGUUUGUAAGAUUUUCUUCCAUAAUUCAAUGUCAUAUAGUAAUAUCAGAGAGUAUUCCAAUUAUUCUUCAUUUCCAAUCCUCUACAGAAUUAGCAACGACUUACAAUCUAGAAGCUAUUUGGAAUGAUGUGUUUCGUGAAAUAACAAUUGUUUUAAACAGAUAUCUGAAUGAUCCACUGCUGACAUCCGAAGACUCAAAUUUGGAUGGAAGUUAUCCUCAUCCAACGUUUCAAAAGGACAAAAAUGAUAAUAAUAGAAACAAGCAACUAUUUUCACUACAAGCCAAUGCUAGUGAACCUUCCAUUUUACAACAACAAACUAGUGAGUUGAAAAAUCUACUAACAGAUUUAUUUCCUGGAUUUUCAAUAUCGAAUAAAUCAGAUUUAUCAUCAGUGUACAUUUCUGAAGAAAUUAUUGAGCAUGAGAAACCUUUACUUCCACCUUCAACUUUUAAUAUGAAAUUUAUUUUAGAUCCCUUCUUAUUCUAUUGUGAAGUCACAUCUCAUAUAAUCCCUACCCAAUAUAACAAGAAGUUCCAAAACCCAUUGUUAUUCUUCACUAAAUAUAUGUCCAACAAUUUUUUCCUUAGAACUAAGGCCACCUUUUCUCAUCUGUUUAACAAAAAUGUAAGUUUAUCUAACCCAUUUACAAUUACAGCUAUUAACAACAAUAAAAUUUUAUUUCAAUCUGCCAAAAAUUUCCAGGAUCUAUUUUUUGAUAUUCUAUUCAUGCUAAAUACUACUAAUGUAUUUCGAGAUAUUAUCACCAAUUCUGUUAUUGAUUUAGUUGAACAAUUGCUUAAAUAUUAUAACUCUUUAUUUGAUGAACUUCUUGGCUUUAAUAAAGAUAAAUUUAACAAAAAUAUAAUGAAUAUUUGGUUUCAAGAUGAAAAACUGAUUGCCACAGAAAAGUCUAUAUUACUAAAGGAAAGUAAAAAUGAUAGCGUACUUGAAAAACUAGAUACUUUGUUAAUAUUUAAGCAUUGCACUGAUUUUUUCCAGGAAGGAAAUGGAUUAGAGAAGGAUAGUAUUGCUUCCUAUAAUAAGCUAAAGUCAAUUAUUCAUUUUACUACCACAAUACACUGGCUAUUAGAGUGGCUUCCAGAAUUACAUAAAAACGUCUCAGCAAAUAAUAACUAUUCAUCCUUUGGUUCUCUAGAUAUUGAUGUACUUCGAAAGGAAUGGUCGUUUUCUGAAUCGUUUGAUAUUUUUACAGUCUCAAAGAUAAAAUCUUUAAAAAUUUGCAUGGAUAAAGGAACAACUACUAGAUUUAAACAAAUUAUUAGUAAAUUCAAUGAUUUAUAUUACAGGUUGCUAAUCACUUUACGAUUAGAUAUACGAUCCAGAUGCAUCUAUGGUAUUGGCCUAUUGUUUAAAGACACAGAAAAUUGGAAUCUUGAAACUGACAGUAUUGAGCUAAGUCCCCAUAUAUCUAAAUUAGUAAGCUCUGUCAAUUUUUUCGAUAAUAAAUUUAAGAAACAGAUAAGUUCAGAGGUAGAAGAUUUAAUCUUUUAUGGAAUUGAUUCAGUUUGUGAUCAAGCUUUCAUUUCUGGUGGAAGUUCAAUUACUGUGAUUAAUUAUACAGGUACAAAAAAAAUGCUCAAGAGUAUAGAGACGCUUCAAUUAUUAUGGCGAAAUAUAGUUUCUGAUUCAACUAGAAUUGAUAUGUCAAAAUCCUUGAAUUAUUAUUUACUAUGCCAAUCUCCUGAAGAUGAAUUUUUCGAACAUCUAGAGACUGGAAACCUACUCGAUUACGCUAACGAAGAAAUAAAGGUUGCGCUUCGUCUUUCUUUUAGUGAGGAACAUCAAAAAUAUAAUGGCCAACUAAAAUCAACAGAUGAUCAAGAUACUACUGUUCUUUCAUUUCAAAGAUAUCAAAAUGCCGUCAAUCGUUUACACAAAAGUUUGGUUGAAAACCACAAUUCAUAG